CAUACACAUACAAACAUUACGUUUUCGCACGCGUUACGUUUUCGCCAAUUUAUUAAUUGAUAUUGAAAUGUUUUGUCGUUUUUAAAUUAAUAGAGGCUCUAAAUUUGUGAACAAAAUCAUACUAAACAAACAACGAUGUUGAGAAGUUUAAUACGUAUUAAUAGAGCUAGUAGUAAAUGUACGAGAUUAUGCGCAGCGGCUUCGAUAAGCCAAAAUGGCAUCAAGCGCUUCAGCGGAAUAUCCCUAGGGGUACAAAGAAAUGUUAACAAAAUGGUUCCCUUAAUCAACAACUGUGUCUGUCGGACCAUGUUCAUUCAGACACAAGAUACUCCCAAUCCAAACAGUUUAAAGUUCUUACCUGGUGUUAAAGUACUAGAAUCAGGACAAACCAUGGAUUUCCCUAACAUCGGAGCUGCUCAAUGUAGUCCUUUAGCUAAAAUGAUAUUUCGCAUUGAUGGAGUGAAAUCAGUGUUUUUCGGUCCUGAAUUCAUAACUGUUACGAAACAAGAUGACGAUGUUGACUGGAGAAUUCUGAAACCAGACAUUUUUGCAACUAUUAUGGAUUUCUUUGCCAGUGGUUUACCAGUCGUGAUCGAUGCUAAACCAUCAGGAGAUACACAAAUAAAUGAAGAUGAUGAUGAGAUAGUUCAAAUGAUAAAAGAGCUUCUAGACACUCGUAUCAGGCCUACAGUCCAGGAGGAUGGCGGUGACGUUCUGUUUGUGGACUUUAAAGAUGGCAUACUAAGGCUCAAAAUGCAAGGGUCCUGUUCUUCAUGCCCAAGCUCAAUUGUCACUCUCAAAAAUGGAGUGCAAAAUAUGAUGCAAUUUUAUAUACCAGAAGUGGUAGCUGUUGAGCAAAUUGAUGAUGAAGGUGAAAAACUAAGUGAAAAGGUGUUUAAGGAAUUUGAACAACUGAAAAAUAAAGAGAAGGCGGGCGGACCGUUAAACGAAUCUUCGAAUUAAUAUAUUUAUAAGUAGAA